AUGAAUCCAAUGUACGCCUUGAAAAGCGCUCGUCCUCUUCAAAAAGCGUUAGCCGUUGAUUGGCAGGACGGUUUCUCGUCGAAAUUCUCAUAUGUUUGGUUGCGAGACAAUGGCCAUCGCCGUCCAUCACUCAUUCAUCUUGAUCUCAACACAAAGCCUGAGGAAGUUGACUGCCAAAACGGUGUUGUUCACAUCACUUGGCCUCCAUUCCUCAACUCGCUUUACUCUUCGCAAUUCCUUCGUGAUCACGCAAAAGUCAAGCCGAUCCAUUCGACGACAUGUCCAGUCACAAAAAAUGUGUUAACAGUUCCAUGGCGAGUCGAGCGCAGAAGAGGAGAUGAUAACUCGAGUAUGGCGACAACAUCGUGGAAAGAUCGACACGUAGAACACGGCACUAUUUGGCCACAUAUGAUUCGAGUCCCCUCAAUUGUCACUGUUGAUACUGAUUGGGCGGGUGCUCGAGUAAAUCUCGUGGACGCUGUUCAAUGUCUUUCAGAAAUGUCUUUACGAUACCCGGAAGAGUUCGGAUUCUUGCGUAAAUCGUUUGUCGAGUACGAGAGUGCGCUGUUUAAAGCAGCGCAUCCAGUGAUGAACGUCGAGCACAAUCGAAUUGUAUCCGUUUGCUUUAACAACUCGAUGCGAUCCCCUGAAAUCACCACCGAAUCGAUCGACGCUUAUUAUACGAGUUUGAAGAUAUUUAAUAGAAUUUGCUGUGAACAUUUGCACACGAUCACCCUCAACCCAAACGAGCUUCUCGUCAUCGACAACUCACAAACCCUUGUCGGCGCUCCACCACAAAAUGGCCGAAAGCUCAAUCUGAAGAUCUACGAU